CAACUCGUUUGCGCCGUACCGCGGAAGUGGCAGAUCAGUGUUUUCCGUAGUCAUUGUUAGCAAACUAGCAGAAGAUCCCUCUGAUUAUUGUUGUCACAAAUAAAAAAAAUAUCUGCGCUCAUUACUUUAAUAGUAGUCAAAAUGCCGUUGGAAAAUCUGGAAGAAGAGGGUCUGCCUAAAAACCCUGAUCUUAGGAUAGCACAGCUGAAAUUUUUGCUCACGAUGGACGGUCACCGACAGGACGCUAAAGUGAAAACCGAGCUCAUGGACUCAAUCAAAGAGAAUAGUGAGUUUAGGCUUCUGCCUCGCAAAAAAACCAACAACAAUAACGUUAGCUAGCUAGUUUGUUCCGCUACCACAUUAACGUUAGUUGCUCUGUCCGUAGUAUGGUGCUGCAAGUAACACGGUUGUCUCGCUAGCUUAGUUCCCUAACGUUAACAUACUCUGACUGUCUCUGGCCUGAAAUUAAACCAGUGACGUUGCGUCACUGUCAGACAUAAAUCAGACUGCUAAUGUUACCUAGCUACUGGUCAGUUAGCUACUCAAUAUACAAGGUAUUAUAACUAGCUAAGUUUGCUAGUUAGCUACUCAAACAGAUAACGGCAAUAUACUGGUUAAAUAAAAAUGUCUAACGUUAGAAUGUUGCCAAGGUUACAACCGUCAAGUUGUAGCUAGCUAGCCACUAUAGCUGAUGAUGAAUUGUCUCUUGUUUCAGAUAUGGCACCCUACUAUGAAAGCCUGUGUAAAGACCUAAAGUGGCAGCUUGACACAGACCUGCUGAGUAAGAUGAAGAAGGCCAACGAGGACGAGCUAAAACGCCUGGAUGACGUCCUGGAAGAUGCAGAGAAGAACCUUGGGGAGAGUGAAAUCCGAGAUGCAAUGAUGGCUAGAGCUGAAUAUCUAAUCAGAAUCGGGAAUAAGGUGAGUUUGCAUUAAUCAGCUACUACAUUCAGAGCAGAGGCCACAGAGUAAGAAACCAUGUUAUUUGUUAGUACCAUGAUUUGACCUCAUAGAAUACAUGGUGUCAGCCCAUAGCUCAUUGUAGAGCUACAUAUUUUAUACUUAUAAAGCAAGGAGCUGCCUCUGCAAAACCUAGCCAGGCACGUACAUCACUAGCUCAAUCAAACAAGUCACUGACUUUCAUUUCACAGGAGGAAGCGUUGACUGCCUUCAGGAAGACCUUUGAUAAGACUGUGGCCCUGGGACAUCGACUAGACAUUGUGUUCUACCUGCUAAGGAUUGGACUGUUCUACAUGGACAGUGACCUCAUCACACGCAACACUGAGAAAGCUAAAAGGUAGUUUGGCUAAAAGGGACUGCUUCUCUCUGCAUUCACUACUUUGAUGACAUGCCAUUUGGGGUCCUCACUAUCUAUUCUAAGAAUUAUAUUUGCAGUGACUGGAACUGUUUAGGCCUGUUUAGGUGUUUUCAUAUCGUUUUGCCUGCAUUCCAUUGUUGACUCUUAUUUGUUGUAAGCCAUUGUUUUCUAUAUCCUCGUAUUUUGUAAGCAUCAUCAUUACAGUGACCUUGUUUGUGUCUGCACAGCCUUAUUGAGGAGGGGGGUGACUGGGACAGGAGGAACCGUCUCAAGGUGUACCAGGGCCUGUACUGUGUGGCAAUUCGUGACUUUAAACAGGCUGCUGAGCUCUUCCUGGACACAGUGUCCACCUUCACCUCCUAUGAGCUCAUGGAUUACAAGACCUUCGUCACGUACACUGUCUACGUCUGCAUGAUUGCCCUGAAGAGGCCCGACCUCAGAGAAAAGGUUGGUAGCAGGAGAGGAGGAAGAUUCUGGAGCCACGGUGGCAGUGUUGUCAUCAACAGUGCAUCCAUGUGACUACGUCAUUCUAGAGUUGGUCGUUUUAAGACAGUGUGGUUGCAGAAAACAAUGUGUAGACAAUACUUUCUACAUGCCAGAACAUGAACAUUCAAACUUGUUUUAAGUGAAGACACUUAUGUUCUACAGUGCCUUCGGAAAGUAUUCAGACCCCUUGACUAUAAUGACAAAGCAAAAACAGGUUUUUAGAUUUUUUUGGGAAAUGGAAAUAUCACAUUUACAUAAAUAUUCAGACCCUUUACUCAGUACUUUGUUGAAGCACCUUUGGCAGCGAUUACAGCAUCGAGUCUUCUUGGGUAUGACGCUACAAGCUUGGCACAUCUGUGUUUGGGGAGUUUCUCCCAUUCUUCUCUGCAGAUCCUCUCAAGCUCUGUCAGGUUGGAUUGGGAGCGUUGCGGCACAACUAUUUUCAGGUCUCUCCAGAGAUGUUAAAUCGGGUUCAAGUCCGGGUUCUGGCUGGGCCACUCAAGGACAUUGAGACUUGUCACUCCUGCUUUGUCUCGGCUGUGUGCUUAGGGUCGUUGUCCUGUUGGAAGGUAAAACUUUGCCCCAGUCUGAGGUCCUGAGCGCUCUGGAGCAGGUUUUCAUCAAGGAUCUCUCUAUACUUUGCUCCGUUCAUCUUUGCCUCGAUCCUGACUAGUGUCCCAGUCCCUGCCGCUGAAAAACAUCCCCACAGCAUGAUGCUGCCACCACCAUGCUUCACCGUAGGGAUGGUGCCAGGUUUCCUCCAGACGUGACACUUGGCAUUCAGGCAAAAUAGUUCAAUCUUGGUUUCAUCAGACCAGAGAAUGUUGUUUCUCAUGGUAUGAGAGUGUUUAGGUGCAUUUUGGCAAACUCCAAGCGGGCAGUCAUGUGCCUUUUACUGAGGAGUGGCUUCUGUCUGGUCACUCUACCAUAAAGGCCUGAUUGGUGGAGUGCUGCGGAGAUGGUGGUCCUUCUGGAAGGUUCUCCCAUCUCCACAGAGGAACUCUAGAGCUCUGUCAGAGUGACCAUCGGGUUUUUGGUCACCUCCCUGACCAAGGCCCUUCUCCCCUGAUUGCUCAGUUUGGCCGGGCGGCCAGCUCUAGGAAGAGUCUUGGUGGUUCAAAACUUCUUCCAUUUAAGAAUGAUGGAGGCCACUGUGUUCUUGGGAAUCUUCAAUGCUACAGAAAUGUUUUGGUACCCUUCCCCAGAUAUGUGGCUCGACACAAUCCAGUCUCGGAGCUCUACGGACAAUUCCUUCGACCUCAUGGCUUGGUUUUUGCUCUGACAUGCACUGUCAACUGUAGGACCUUAAAUAGACAGGUGUGUGCCUUUCCAAAUCAUGUCCAAUCAUGAUCAAUGGAAACAGGAUGCACCUGAGCUCAAUUUCGAGUCUCAUAGCAAAGGGUCUGAAUACUAAUGUAAAUAAGGUAUUUCUGUUUUUAAUUUUUAAUACAUUUGCAAACAUUUCCAAAAAGCUCUUUUUGCUUUGUCAUUAUGGGGUAUUGUGUGUAAAUUGCAGAGGAUUUUUAUUUAUUUAAUCCAUUUUAGAAUAAGGCUGUAACGUAACAAAAUGUGGAAAACGUCAAGCAGUCUGAAUACUUUCUAGCUGGUAGAUUUACAGUUCUGGCAUGACUGUAGCAUCUCCUGUGGACUAAUGUGUUGUUCUCCCUCUCCCCCAGGUGAUAAAGGGAGCAGAGAUCCUGGAGGUGCUGCACAGUCUCCCUGCUGUCCGCCAGUACCUCUUCUCCCUCUACGAGUGUCGCUACUCUGUCUUCUUCCAGUCACUGGGUGAGACACCCCUCCUUUGCUCUCCCCUCAUUUAGGCUUACAAAAAGUAAAGCUGAAGAGCAUUGAUGUCUGCAGCCAGUGAGUGGACAUGUAUGUUUCACUUCCCGUCAUUCCUUAGUUGUAAACCUGUUUGUUUCUGUCCUCUCUCUGCAGCCACGGUGGAGCAGGAUAUGAAGAAGGACUGGUUGUUUGCCCCUCACUACCGUUACUACGUGAGGGAGAUGCGUAUCCAUGCCUACAGCCAGCUCCUGGAGUCCUACCGCUCACUCACCCUGGGCUACAUGGCUGAGGCCUUUGGAGUCAGUACAGAGUUCAUUGACCAGUGAGUCUCACGUCUACCUCUUGUCCCAUACCCACAAAACCUAUUAGUGCUCAUCCUGGAGGUUGUCUUACGUCAGAUAGCGAUUACUCCGUUGGUUGAGGACUGCGAGUCGCGUAGGAAUGAUGCCGCCUGUCAGAAGACAAUGAUUAUUGCUCUUGAUUACACUGGAACAGAAAAGGUUGUACUGUGAUAACUACAUUUGUUUUUCCUUCGCUCUCAGGGAACUCUCCCGAUUCAUAGCUGCUGGUCGCCUCCAUUGCAAAAUCGACAAAGUAAACGAGAUUGUGGAAACCAACAGGUAAGAAUAACAUUUUCACAUACACUACCGUUUAAAAGUUUGGGGUCACUUAGAAAUGCCCUUGUUUUUGAAAGAAAGGCAAUUUUUUUGUCCAUUAAAAUAACAUCAAAUUGAUCAGAAAUACAGUGUAGACAUUGUUAAUGUUGUAAAUGGCUAUUGUAGCUGUAAACGGCUGAUUUUCUAAUGGAAUAUCUACAUAGGCGUACAGAGGCCCAUUAUCAGCAACCAUCAGUCCUGUGUUCCAAUGGCACCUUUGUUUGCUAAUCCAAGUUUAUCAUUUUAAAAGGCUAAUUGAUCAUUAGAAAACCCUUUUACAAUUAUGUUAGCACAGCUGAAAACUGUUAUGCUGAUUAAAGAAGCAAUACAACUGGCCUUCUUGAGACUAGUUGUGUAUCUGGAGCCUCUUUACUGUUGAGACUGGUGUUUUGCGGGUACUAUUUAAUGAAGCUGCCAGUUGAGGACCUGUGAUGCGUCUGUUUCUCAAAUUAGACACAGUUUUCGUCCUCUUGCUCAGUUGUGCACCGGGGCCUCCCUCUCCUCAUUAUAUUCUGGUUAGAGCCAGUUUCCGCUGUUCUGUGAAGGGAGAAGUAAACAGCGUUGUACGAGAUCUUCAGUUUCUUGGCAAUUUCUCGCAUAGAAUAGCCUUCAUUUCUCAGAACAAGUAUAGACUGACGAGUUUCAGAAGAAAGUACUUUGUUUCUGGCCAUUUUCAGCCUGUAAUCAAACCCACAAUUGCUGAUUCUCCAGAUAAUCAACUAGUCUCAAGAAGGCCAGUUUUAUUGCUUCUUUAAUCAGCACAACAGUUUUCAGCUGUGCUAACAUAAUUGUAAAAGGGUUUUCUAAUGAUCAAUUAGCCUUUUAAAAUGAACUUGGAUUAGCAAACACAACGUGCCAUUGGAACACAAGACUGAUGGUUGCUGAUAGUGGGCCUAUGUACGCCUAUGUAGAUAUUCCAUAAAAAAAUCAGCCGUUUCCAGCUACAAUAGCCAUUUACAACAUUAACGUCUACACUGUAUUUCUGAUCAAUUUGUUAUUUUAAAUGGACAAAUAAAAUGCUUUUCUUUUGAAAACAAGGACAUUUCUAAGUGACCCCAAACUUUUGAACGGUAGUAAAACAUUGGUUUCUAUAUUAAAAGUGGCAGAGCUCAGUGUUGUAUUUUAUUCCUUCAGACCUGAUAGCAAGAACUGGCAGUACCAGGAGACAAUCAAGAAAGGGGACCUACUGCUCAACCGCGUCCAGAAGCUGUCCCGAGUUAUUAACAUGUAACAUGGAUGGCAGUGUUACCUUUGUCCUUUGGGAGGGAGAUCUGGGGUUUUCUGUUGUACCAGUAUCCACACCAAUAGUUUGUCUGAAGAACUGACCCUCAUUGUGUAUAUAAUAAAAUUCUUUUUGGUGACUUCUUCUUUUCCUUUGAUACAGACAUGGAUGAAAGUGAUUUCUGAAAUAAAACAAUUUCAGUAAUGAAGCAAAGACUGUUUUUUUUCUGUAUAAAUAGCUGUAUAAAUUAUUUUUUAUUUACAGAAACAUGUUACAAAACAAAGACUAUACAAUCUUAAAUAUUAAGUAAAUCUAACCUAACAAGUUUGUUCAUGAAUUACAUAGCAGCCCAAUACACAAAAGUCCAGCUGAUCAAAUGAUUCUGAUAAUGUUUACAAAAAAAAAAAAAACUAUACACGCUCUUAUAUAGGAGUUUGUACUGAAAAUAUUUUCCUCCCACAAGCAAGCUGUGUUCUGUCUCACUUUCACAUUCCAAGUAUGUGGUACUUGAUAAAAACAUCUUUGCAAAGUUUCCAUCAUAUGGAAACAAGGUCAGCGUUGUCAGUGGAGGUUGAGGGUAAACAAAAACACUUUACUGAACCUGUUAAACAACUCAUAACCGACCAGGGAGCUUCAACACCCCCUGGUCUGCACCAAGAUCUGACGUCUCUUAUCUGGAAAACAUUGAUAAAAAUAACGGUUAACACUAUGUGCUCUAUUCAAUCUGGAUCCUUUAAGCGUUACAGAUUGCACAAUGGAAAUGUAAAGGUCAUGCAUUGAUUAACAACUCAAACUGAAUUAUUUCGUUCGCUACAAACUUCAGUAUGAGACUGCCAUCAUUGAAGUCAUUUGUGGUAGUGUUAUACAAGAAGUCAUCAGCGAUUGGAUCUUCUCUAAACAAUCAAGAGUAUCAAAGCCAAUGACGAAUUUUCAGAACGGUUAGAACAGCGUUUCUCAAACUCUGUGCGCGUUUCGUUUUUUUACCCUAACACUACACAGCUGAUUCAAAUGAUCAAACCUUGAUGAUUAGUUGAUUAUUUUAAAUCAGCUGUGUAGUGCAGCCCUUGGGGUCCCAAGGACCGAGUUUGGGAAAUCCUGGGUUAGAAUGUGUUUGCGUUCUAGAAAUCAUCAGGGAGGUACUCAGCUCCAGACUCAUUACGGAGAAGAAACAAACAUCCAUUGGUGUGGCGUAGCGGUUUGCCCGGAGCAAGGAGUUUGGGUAGCCAGGCAAACAUAUGCAGUGUUUACCACGAAUGCAGUCUACGCUAAUGCGGGAACAUUGCUUUUAAAUUUCAACGACAAUGUAACGCUUAACUUCCGUGAUACGGCUUGAAUAGAGGCCAAAGUGUUUCAUACCAGCUAGCUGACAAGCUAUCAGGUUUUUACCACAUUUAGGGUUCAUAGGCAUAUUUUAAAAGCAAGCUCCUAAAACACUUUGAACAUUCAAGUAAGGUAAAACUAAAAUUAAAAAAGCUCUGUCCUCAAACAGUCAGUGUGAAACAAAUGCAGGCACUUUCUUAUUUCAGCAUUUCUAAAAGCUGCAAACUAAGAAUUUCCAUAAACGCUGUGCUUCAAAUUAAGUUUGGCAACAAUGAUGCAAGCAGUUCCACUGUUUGAAGUGUUCAUCUUCCUUGCUUUAAUGAUUGCUAAGUCCCUUCAGCCUUAAAGGAAAGUGUUUCAAAUUAUGAAAUGUUACAAGGUCUUCGUCUAAAAAGG